GUUGAGCAAAGAGGGUGUAAUUUUCGGAAUUGCUAAUUUUCGUUUCUAGAUUCGGAUUACCGUGUCAGUUUAUGGAUAUUUCCGAUAUCUGUGUUUUUCUCAAAGACAUAUUCCCUGAUACUUGUUCUUAUUUCGAGAAUGAUUUGUUAUUUGUUUGGAUAGCUUUAGUGUUGGAAUUGAGCUAUAAAACCACUAUUGGCUUGGAUGUUUCUUGGGAGAUGUUAGUUCUUAUGUCUCGGAAUAUAUUAGAUGACAGCAAUUGUGUUCUAUGUCUGGUCUAGUUAUUAAUACAGUGUUUGGACAAAAUUUGUUAUUACUUGGAUGAAUUGACUAAGGAAUUUUGAGGCAAUAGUGAAUUUAGGAUGCUGUGUCAGUUUGGAUUCUGUGAUAAUCAAUAACAAAUAUGUUGUAUUUCCAUAUUCAAAGGCAUGCUUUUAAUUCAAAAUAUCUAAAAAAGAAUUUUUGGCUUACACAAAUAGUUAUAACAAUGCCUUAGAGACUAAAAAUGCAUUAAAUUAAUGGUAUUUAGCUCUUCUCAAAUCAAUUAGCUUUUAACUUUUACAGUUUUCACUAAAUUUACCAAAUGAAAUUAAUAGACUGUGUUAAGGACACUGGAUGUUAAAGUAAUCUGGAAGUCCUUUAAAAGCAGACUGUCUUGUAAACAACAAAAUUGUGAGGUGCUGAAAUAGAAGUUAUACAGGAAACUACCAUUGAUGAAGAGCUUGCAAUCCUUGCAGUAAAACUGUUAAGCUUAUAACUGAAACAGUUACUGCUUCUGAUGAAGGUGUCAAAGAGCUAGUUGGUAUUGAAGCGAAUGUUGAAAAGGAGGGUAAAAUGGAGAAAGAGUUUGCUGAUUUGAAUAAAGAUAUCAGUGAUCUUGUUGAAAAGGAGAACAAAAUGGAAACAGAAGUUACUGAAAAAGUGGUGGUUGUUGAAAAUGUUUCGGAAAUAGAUGUAGAUAAGAAUGAGAAGAAAUCAGUGGAUAAAGCUAAGACAGAGGAAGGAGAGAUAAUUGAGUUAGCAGUUGCAAACAAUCAGGUAGGAACCAUGCAAUCAAGUAGAAAUGAAAAUCUAGAUGAGAAACAAGACAUUGCUGUUGAACAUGUUUUAAAACCUUGCAUGGAAGAAGGAUUUAUAAAUGACUUAUUAGAGUGUGCUAACAUUGGAAUGAUUGAACAAUGUUUAGCUGUGGAGGUUGUUGAUAAUACAAGUCUUCAUGAAUGUGCUAACUAUACUCAAAGGAAAAGUCAUAAAUCUGAAGUGGCACAGAAUUUAAGUAAUGUUAUAUCGAAGAUAACUGAAGGAAAACUUGGGGCAGAAAAACAUGGUGAACUAAAAGAUAAGAUCAUUGAGGAAGUCUCAGACCAACCUGAAAAAAACAAUCCCGUUGAAAACAAUGCGAGUUCUGAGAGUGGAGAAAUUGAUGAAGAAAUGCAAGAAAAGGAAACAGGUCAGGGAUUUGAGAUUCAUGAAAGACUUGCUGAUGAAGACUGUGAUCUCAUUAUUGAAGAAAGUGAAUGUGUUGAAAUAGUAGAAGAACAAAUGGCUGAAGAAGUAAGAGGUAAAUUGGCCUCAUUAAAUUUCGACUUAUUCAGUGAUAAAAAUGUGACUUCUUCCAGUGGUAAACUUCAUAAGGCUGCUAAGGAAAUGCAAAUGCAUGAAACUGGAUAUGCAAGUGAUAUUCUAGAAAGUCUUGCUGAUGAAGACAUUGAUGAUGUUAAAGAUGAAAGUGAAAGUGUUGAAAUUGUAGAAGAAGAAUUGACAGAAGAAGUUAAAUGUAAAGUGGCUUCAAUCCAUUUUGACUUUUUCAGAGAGUUAUUUGCAGAUAGAAAAGGUUCGGAAUCUGAUGAUACACAAACGGGAAGUACUUUUUGCCUUCACAUUUCUGAAAAUGAAGGUGAGAGUGAGUCAGAUGAUACACAUGAAGGAAUGCAAUAUGCAACUGAAGAAGACAUAGAACAAGAUGUGUGUUUUGAAGAAACAUGUGCAAUGGCAUUUGAAGCACAGGCACCAAAAGUACCGGAUGUGCUAGAACUUAAAACUGUUGAUUUCAUCAAGGAAAACAAAGAUGAUAUUUUUCAAUCACCUGAUAGUGAAGGAUCUUUGAUUAUCAACGCCGCCUUAUCAGAGGAUGAGGACUUUCAUAGGAUUAUGUCAAGGCCGGAUGACAGUGACCUUGAACCAAUGAACAGCCUUGACCUAGUUCCAGGGUCUGACCUUGAUGAGAGCAUUCACAGUCAAGGUCAUGCAGAGGAAUGGGUUAAUGAUGAAGAUGAACGGGAAGAUGUUCAAAAAAAGACUUUUACCAAAUGGAUAAACUCCCAGCUGUCGAAGUCUGGGCGGCCAACAUUAGCAGACUUGUCAACGGACCUUCGAGAUGGAACUCACCUGCUUUCCCUCAUCGAGGUUCUCAGUGGAAUCAGUCAGGUUCGAGAAAAGGGUCGAAUGCGUGUUCACCAUAUCAACAAUGUGAAUCGAGUAUUGGACGUCUUGGAACGGCAGUAUAAUAUUAAGCUUGUGAACAUUAGCAGCAAUGACAUUGUGGACGGUAACCAGAAACUGACGCUAGGUCUUGUUUGGUCCAUUAUUCUACAUUGGCAGGUGAAGGAUGUUAUGAAAGACCUGAUGGACGAUUUGCGCCAAACGAACCUGGAGCGUACAUUACUGGUGUGGUGUCGCCACUCCACUCAAGGGUAUGCUGACGUUGAUGUAAAGAAUUUCACGACAAGUUGGCGAUCUGGUCUCGCCUUUAAUGCCCUUAUUCAUAAAUACAAGCCAGAGUUGUUUAACUAUGAGGCCCUUCUUUCAAAAACAGCGGAAGAAAGGUUGGAGCAUGCUUUCAAUGUGGCGCACGAAAACCUCGGGGUGGAUCCUCUUCUUGAUCCAGAGGAUGUUACUGUGGAGACCCCUGACAAGAAGUCAAUCAUCAUGUACCUGACGUGUCUGUUUAAAGUCCUACCCCACACAGAUAUUCCCACUGACCCAGAUAGGGACAUCUCACUCUCACCCACCACGCCCAUUUCACCGGGCUCAUUUUCAAAAUCGAUGAAUAUCGGGAUACAGGAGUCGAAAACAUCUGGGAUGGCUGCAUCGUUAAGUUCCCCAUCAAGUCGCCAAAGUACUAUGAGUUCUAGUGGCUCUGUCGACCUUCUCUCGUAUCAAGACAGCCUCGAAAAUGUGCUCACAUGGCUGCUUGAAGCAGAAGAGGUCAUUGAAAAACAAAAACCAAUCGGAGAGGACGUUACAGUAGUGAAGAAACAGUUCUCUGAACAUGAGGAAUUUAUGCUGGAACUAACGAGACACCAAGACAGUAUUGGCGCGGUGUUACGUGACGGAAAUGACCUCAUUGUGGAGGGCAAGGUCAAGGCGGAAGAGGAACAAGAAAUUCGAGUUCAGAUGGGGCUGCUCAAUAAUCGAUGGGAGGAACUGAGAUUGAAGGCGUUAGAACGACAGAGCAAGCUUCAAAUUACCCUGAUGUCGCUACAACAAAAACAGUUAGAUGAACUAGCAACCUGGCUGACCCAGAUGGAAGCUCGGAUCAGUGUCGCUGGGAAGCUUGGUUCAGAUCUCGCACAAGUCAGACGGCAGAUUGAGGACCAUAAAAAACUUCAGGAGGAACUUGAUCAUCAACAGAAGAAGGUCGACAGUCUGCAGAACAUGGUGGUUGUCGUGGACGAUAAUAAUACAGAGUCUGCAUGCGAAGCUAUGGAAACUCAGCUUCAGUCCCUCGGCAAGCGAUGGGCGGCAAUUUGCCACUGGACGGAAGAACAAUGGCUGCUGUUACAACAAGUUCUACUGAAGUGGCAGGCAUUUUCAGACGAUCGGGCGACAUUUGCCGAAUGGUUGUCGGAUCGCGAAGUGUGGAUAGAAAGGAUGCAGAAGGAAGACCUGUCGGAUACAAACGUCGCUGUGAAGCAGGUUCAAGAACUGAAGACCAUUGAGCGUGAUAUGGUGACGCAGGUUCAGAAGUUUGAAGAUUUAUAUGAGACUGGUCAGCAGAUCGUCCUGUGUGUUAAUAAUGAAGAAGCCGUGAAGACGAUAUCGACCGAUCUCGAGAUGUUUCAGGAACGGUGGAAACUACUCGUGGAAAAUAUGGAGAUACAGAGUAAACAGAUUGUUGGUCUUGGGUUGGAGCUAAGUGAAGUUCCUGAAGUAUCGGAAGAAAUGACAGUCAGCUCUGAAGCUCGUUUAGAUGCUUCCACACCAAGCGACACAGGGAUGAAACGCCCUCGGUUAGAAUCACCCGCCAAACGACAGCUAGACUCGGAAAUGGCUGAGCUUAAUGAAUGGUUCGAGAAAAUCGAAUCAGGACUGGAGUUGCUGGCUCAGGAUGAGAGCACAGCGGGGGAAGAUUCAUUUACCCCCGAGGAACAGAUGGUCCUGAUUGAGGACAGUGAGAAUGAGAUAAUUAUGCAAACAUCAACUGUUGAAAAUGUCUUAGCCCUCGGAAAAACUGUACAAGAGGAACUUGAAAAGGCUGGUGAGUCGGCAGAUUCCGUUUCAACUACUGUCCAGAAUUUGGAGCGGAGAUGGAACGCAGUAAAAACGCUGCUGACGGGAACGAAAGUCAUCGUUGAGAGCAAUGUGAAUACGAAAAAGUUUUAUGAUGAACUGAAGUCUUUGACAGAGUUAGUUACGACAUAUGAGAAAUGGUUGACCGCCACGGAAAUUAUCGCCGAGGAAACACCUGAUAUAACCAGACAGAUGGAGCAGUGCAAGGUGAAACUGAGAGCGAUGCGUAGUCAGGAAGAACGAAUCCAAAAGUUGUCUUCUCUUGCGAACAGUCUUUCCUCUUCUGAUAACACAAUACGCUACGAUUUCGACACCUUCCAUACCAGGUGGAAAAAAGUCCUUCAAAGAAUAGGCGAACGUCAAGGUCAUCUUUCUGAGGCCCUGGAUCGCAUACCCCCGAGAGCAUACCUGGAGGCUAUGGAGGCCCUGCUCAAGUGGCUUACUAACAACCUCGAUGUGUUACAGUCUGAGAAAUUCACUGUCAACAACCUUCUGACAAUGGAGAAGCAGCUUAAACAGUUUAAUACACUGAAUGAAGAUCUCCACGAACAAAGAAGCAGCCGCGAUUACUUGACGAAAACUGGAAAUGACCUCAUUAUGAAAGCACCCUCUAGCGUUAAGGCUGCGCAACUGGAAAGUGACCUUAAGACUCUUAAUAAUAAGUGGAACACAGUUUCCAUGGCCAUGGAAACUAGGAUUCAGGAAUUGGAAAGUGCCAUAGAGCAGCUGCGGGAAUAUGAUACUCUUCGGGAUGGUUUUCGAACCUGGAUGACAGAAAUGGACAUUUUUCUGCAUGCCGAAGAUCCGACCAAGGGCGACCUUCCGACUUUAAAAGCUCAGCUGGCUGAGAGUGCAGGCGUGCAGAAUGAUAUCCUUACCCUCCAGAAAAACAUGGACCAGAUUAAUCACUUAUAUAGAGGCUUAUCGAUAAAUAUCGACUCAGCGUUCGAAGCAAAACUUUCGCAAGAGGUUGAAGAGGUUAACACAAACUGGAAUAAGGUGUUAAUGUUAGCAGAGCAGCAGCGUCAACGAUUGAAAGGCUCGUUAGAUUCGAGUCAGGAAGUUUAUCGUGAGAUUAAUAAGAUAAUCGCAUGGCUGGAGCCGUUGAAGGAAGAGAUUUCCAAUAAGGAUUACUCGGUGGAAAGUUUAAAUGAUCUUCAAGUGAAAUAUAAGAAAUUUAAGGGGUUACGAAGCGACAUGUUAGACCGAGAAGGGGAGGUUACUCAACUGACUGACACGGCCAACGAGAUGUUAUCGAAAGCUCCGUCAGGGAGUCUGCAGGAUUUGGCGCGUUCUCUCAUGCGAAUGAACACGUUGUGGUCGCAUACCCUUCAGCGGGUGGAGCAUUACCACAGGCUGUUUUUGUCGUCUGAUCAAACUUGGCGGCAAUUUAAGAAUGCUUUAGAUGAAGAAAGUCGUUACUUGGACAGACUGGAAUCCAAAAUGCGCCGAUCCUCGUUGUCAAGUGCUGAUGUUGAGGAAAUCUCAGAACAUAUGGAUGACAUGGAAUCAUACCUUCGAGAUCAUACAUCCGAGAAUCGAGCUACAAUUGAGGAAUUGAAACAAGAAAUGAUUGUCAACAGUGUAUUAUCUGACCUCGUCAAGUUGGAGUCAGACCAGUACGUCCGACGUCUAGAAUCUCUUGAAAAACAGGCGCGGGAAACAGUCAGACAACUAGAAGCCGGAAUCAAUGAAGCCCAAGGUGUUGAGAGACGCUUGUUACAAGUCACACAGUGGAUGUCGGAGGUGGAUACGGAGCUACAAAACCGUCUGGACGCCGAUGUCCUGGCUGGAGAUGUACCCGACGAGAGUGAGCAAAUGAAGGAAGAGUUUAGCCAACAAGAAGUCACGUUUCGCGAGCUAGACGGUCAGGUAGAGGCCUACAGGUCCUCGGGUAGGCUAGAGGCCGGGCAGAGACUGGAUUAUCAGCUACAGAGAAUUAAGCGCCAGAUGACCGAUCUCAACACAAAGUUCCAAAAGUUUCAGCGUCCUGCUGACUUUGAGCCAAAACAAAAUCAUGUGAAAAGAGAACUGAACAAUAUUCAGGACCGGAUUUAUAUGCUAGAAGUUCGGGGAGAGGAUACGGAGAAUUUACAUACCAAACAUGAACUGUGCAUGAAAUUCUACACAACCAUGAGUGAACUCAAGUCCGAGGUGGAAUAUGUGAUUAAGACUGGCCGAGGGAUGGUGGAUAAACGACAGGUCGAUUUCCCUGAUCGAUUAAGCAAACAGCUUGAUGCCCUGAAACAACAGUACAAUUCCAUAGGAGCACAGGUGACGGAAGGGAAGACGAAGAUAGAGAAAGCAAUGAAGCUCACAAAGAAGCUGCGUAAAGAGGCGUCUGCGGUACAUGACUUCAUCUCGCGUAGCAACGAAGAACUGGAUACUCGCAUUCAGGCAAACAGUGUGGAGAAUCGACACAAAGACCUGACUUUUGCCAAGGCGACGCUUGAGGAAAUGCUUCGUCGCAAGUCCUUGCUGACGUCGAUGCGCGAGCUGGUCCGACAGGUGGGCGAGAUAACAGAAGAUGGAGACGUAACAGAAUUGCGCACAAACCUCGACAAUCUUGUCAGGGAGUGGGACAAAUUAUCCUCGAGACUAACUUCCUGGAUUCAGACUUUACAAGCGAGCACACCGAUAAGUCCGGAUGAGAAGUUCCAAGACUUCCAGACAAAGUGUAUGAAACUGAAGGAAUGGUUAAGCCAAACCGAUGCCGUCAUACAAACACACACGUCUUUGCUGGAAGAACAACAGGCAUCAGAUUUCUGGAUUGCUAAACUGCAGACCUUACAAAAGAAUUGUAACGAGAAAACUAGUGACCUUGAAGAGGUACGAAUGAACGCUCUAGCCAUUAUGGAUGGUAGUGGGAGAUAUUCUGCCAUGGUGGAACCGGAACUGUCACAGAUAAACCAACAAUGGGAUGAACUCACCAAGACGCUUAAGGAGAAGAUCUCGAAAUGCCAAGAAAUAGCUGCUGCAAAACAACAUUCCCCUUCCCCACCACGCAUGGUUGAACACACAGAGGUCAAAGUUGAAGUUUCUAAAAAUACCAUCACCAAGGCAACCUCCCCAGAGGUCAUUUCUCCUAACAAGGUCAAAUCCUUUGAGAAUCAACAAGAUGUUUCUGAGGUCAUUUCACCUUUGAUAUUUUCUGAAGUUCAUUUAGAGGUCAAGGGCACAAGUUCAGCUGGUGCAGUGCAAGAAUCUAAUGACCUAGGAAAUGACCUUCACUCACCUUCACCUACUGUUGUCAUGGAAAUGAACUCAGUGACCUGUGUGUCACCCUUGACCUUUGCAGUAGACAAUGUGGAUGGCUCGCCUUCCAAGUUUCAUUCUAUUUAUGAGAGUACGCUGGAAAUGAUAGAGACUUAUCAACGAGAGCUAGUCAACUAUGGGGAGAUACAACCACAUGAUGUGAAAGGGGAUUUGCAGGAUAAUGCCAAGCAUCUUGACGAGAAUAUUCAAAACAUGAGUGGGAAAGUUGAAAACCUGAUAAGCCAAGGUGAGGUGUUGUCAAGGCAACUUGAAGACGAUGAUCCUUCAGAAAGUCUCCGAAUUCAGGCUGAAGUUGAAACCCUGAAGGAUGUAUGGGAGACAUUGAAAUCACACACGGAACGAAAGCGUAAACUCCUCGUCGUGAUUUUCCCACAGUGGUCCACCUUCGAAAAAACUGCACGAGACCUCGAAAUGAACCUUGAUGCGAUGGAAACCAACAUCAAAGUCGCGAAUAUCAACAAAGAAAUUCAUAAGGCUUUUGAGGAUGAAUUAAAGCGACGCCAGCGUGACCUUGACACACUUCGCACCCAAGGUCUACCCCUUCAGGAACGAGGAGCGGGCGCCAUUGUUGAGCCAGAGGUCAACCGUUUACAACGAAGAUGGCAGGAUGUAAACAACCAGGUUGCUAUGAUACAGUAUCCUCCUGUUCCCAUGGUAACAGACAAUACUCAAAAUCAGGUCACAAGAACUACAUACACAGUUGUGCAAUCCAGCGUGACUAGAGCAAGUUCGCCAAAAUCGACCUCCCAGAUUAAGGUGGAGAUUCGCCGAUUAUCAGAUCAAAUUGCAGACAUUAAUCGACAGUUAACAGGGCCUGAACUUGGAGGCAAGAAUUUCGAUGAGUUUUCAAAGCAAGAAGACAUUCUUCAAGGCAUUCAGUGGCAUAGGGAAGUACAAAGAAGAUUGGAAGAGGCCAAGGGUGGAAUCGAUCGAUUGGAUCGGGAAAAAGAGGAUGUGUUUGCGCAAUGUGAGGCGGAUGAGAAAAAGCGUGUCCGAACCAUGUUGGACGACCUUCACUCCUCAUGGCAGGAAAUCAAUGACGCAUACACAGAUAGACAUAGACGAUGGACAAAGGCAGCCGAACAGUGGCGCCAGUACCACAAAGAUGUUGCCGUAGUUACAAAAUGGCUGACAGAAACAGAGAAAAAGUUGGAAGAUCUCAAACUACUAGAUGACACAAAAGUUCUGGAAAAAGCAUACGGGGACAUUGAAUCCAGCCAGAAGAAACUUCAAGACACUGUUAACUCUAUGAACACAGCAGGCAAUGACAUUAUUCGUCAGUCAGCGCCACAAAGUGCGGCAACAUUGCAGGAAAAACUCCAUGAGCUGAAUGCACGUUGGAAACAGGUGUCUACAGAGAUAGCAUUUGGGCAAGAAAAACUUGAGCAGGCAAGUGUACGAACAAGUGAGUUUACGGACGACAUGGAUGAGAUGUUCUUCUGGAUUGACGAGACUGAGAAUAUUCUCGCCACACCCCUCCAGCUCGAUGCCGCCUUUCUUGAGGAUCUGCUGGAAAGAUUCAGGGACAGAGAAGACGACAUCUCGGUUAAGAAACAGAAUGUUACGGCCAUCAAUAAUGCGGGCCGGGCUCUUGGAAGACAAGAUGGAAUGAGCGGGGAGGAUAAGAACAAUAUACAUAAAGACUUGGACAAUCUGAACCAGCGGUGGGCAAAGGUGAUGAACGAAAUCCCUGACAACAUCCACAACGUUGAAAAGCAUUUACAUGAGUUACGAGAAUUCCAGAUGUCAAUUGACGAGACACAGCGAUGGGUGACUGAAACGCGCACGCUACUUCAGGCUAGACAUGCUCAGUCUGCGACUAGCACAGACGAACAAGACUCUAUAAUCAUAGAUCCACAGACAACACAAGAUGCAGUUAGAGCCAAGCAGAUGAAAAUCAGCAACAUAAACGAGACCAGUAAACGUGUAACAGAGGAAUACGAGCUCGCUACACUACCCCCAGCUUUACAAGGAAAGGUAGAUGCACUAAAUGCUGACUGGAGAGUAGUCACAGAACUUGCCGAAAAACUUGAACCAACUACGGUAGAUUCUUCAAUACACGAGAUCUUUACACAGGUAAAAGAAGCUCAGACAAAAGCAGCAGUCCCAUUGGCUACUUCCCCCAAAGAUGGGAAAUCUGAUUGGUCGGCUCUCGACCAAUCAGUGGCAGAGUUACGUGAUUGGCUUACUUUGCUGGAGAGGAUGUUAAAGUCUCAGAGAGUGGCUGUUGGAGACAUGGACGAAAUUGAAGAACUGAUUAAAAAAUAUAAGGGCAACUUACAAGAUAUGGAGGAUAAACGUGGAAAACUGGUCGAGAUCUCAGACACCACCACGUGGUUGCAGGUGCUUCCGGCUCGGAGCCCUGAACAGAAAGCUUUCUUAGAAAAAGCUGAUCGUUUGCAAGAGCAAUGGGCGACUACUGAAGUUAGUGUCAAAAAUCGCGAGACAGAGCUAGAAGGCAUGUUGACAGCAUGUGGUACAUUCGAAGAUGCCCAUGCUGACUUUGAACACUGGCUAACAGGCGUAGAGGGUGAAUUGGCAACUGACACAACGGCAAACCUUAACACGCAAAGACUGCGGAAACAGAAUAAGACACUUCAAGCAGAGGUAUCAGAAUGGCAAAUGAAGGCGGAUGCGCUGAAGGACCUGGCGAAUUCUCUCAUCACUCAAUAUUGUGCGGACGAUACCAGUCUCAUUAAUAUUCAGCUGGAAAAACUCAUGACUAGGUGGACAGCAGUACUUAACAAGCUAGCAAGUAACAUUCAAGUCGCAGAUAAAAGUCUACAGACAGCGGAGCAGUUUUACGCCGCACUGGAAGAGUUCAUAGCAUGGAUGGAGGGUGUUGAUAAUAGCUUUAAUCGAUUAGCUGAAGAAACAGCGAAACCAGACGUAAUCGAUAAUACCGAUCUCUGCAAUCUGUACUUAGAAGAAUUUCGGGACCUCCAGGCUGAGGUCGACAGCCAUCAAGGCGGGUUUGACUCACUGACAGGGGCGGGGCAACAGUUAAGCACCAGAAUGGGUGGGGCUGAUCUACAGCAGCUGCAAAGACGAUUGGAGGAAAUGAACCAACGAUGGCUCGCACUCAUGACCAAGUCCAUGCAGAUAAGAGGUCGCCUGGAGACAAACACUGAGCAAUGGCUGCGUCUUCUACACACUAUCGAGGACCUCCUAGCGUGGAUACUUAAAGCUCAGCAUGAGCUUAAAGCUCAGAGACCUGUUGGGGGAGAUAACUCUUCACUUUUGAAGCAGUUGGAUGUUAAUCAGAAAUUACGAGACCAUUUGAGUGUAAAGCGUUCACUCGUGGAACAGACAUUAACUGCAGGACGUCAGUACCUUCAAGGGGAAGGAGAGGAUAAAAGACUCUCGACGGACAGCGGCGAUAGCGCUGAUACAGAUGAGACGAGUAGUUUGGAGAAAUCACCGGAGCGUGAAGCUCGUCAGCUCGUGAAGAAGAUCCGACGUCAAGUUCGUCUGCUCAACAGGAAGUGGGUGGAGCUAAACCAGUCCUGCAACCAAUGGCAGGCAAUCCUUGAUGAAGUUUCGGAGAAAAUGACAUACUUCCAAGAUGCGCUUGAUGACCUCCAAGAGAGCUUAUCGCGUGCCGAGGCGGAGAAAAAUACCUGGCCCCUCAUUGCAGAUAUUCUUAUUGAAAAUCUGCCGUUUGAAAUUGAGAAAACAAAGACGUACCAGCAAGCAGUGGCUCCUAUUCAAGGGCAGGUGGACAGUGUUAACGAUCACGUUAACGAUUUCGAGGCUGCUAAUGUUGUACUUUCUCACGUAAUCAUUCAUAAACUGGAAGAUUAUAAGACAAGAUGGAAAGAAAUCCAGUUGUCUGCAGAAGAUCGACUAAAGAAUCUACACGAUGCCUUACGAACAUUCGGUCCAAACUCUCAGCAUUUCUUAGCAGCAUCAGUCGAGUCACCUUGGGAACGGUCGGUUGCAGGAAACAAAGUGCCUUACUAUGUGAAUCACAAUUCGGAGACAACUCAUUGGGACCACCCGGAAAUGACCAACCUCAUGGAUGCACUGAAUGACCUCAACAACGCUCGAUUUGCAGCUUACCGGACGGCUAUGAAACUAAGACUGGUGCAGAAGAAACUCUGCUUGGACCUUGUAGACUUGCAAGUUGCCACAGAAGAGUUUGAAAAACAAGGAAUGAAGGGACGUAAUGAUAAACUUCUUGACGUUGUUGAGGUGAUUAACUGUGUAGCUGCAAUGUACGAGGCUUCGGCACGAUCUCAUGAGCAACUCGUCAACGUCCCGCUAUGUGUCGACCUCGUUUUGAACUGGCUCCUCAAUGUUUAUGACGUAACUCGAAGUGGGAAGAUCAGGGUGUUAUCAUUCAAAGUUGGCAUCGUACUCAUGUGUAACGGACAUGUCGACGACAAAUACAAGUUUCUGUUCCGGUUGAUUGCUGACAAGAACGGAUCUACUGACCAGCGAAAAAUGGGGCUGUUGCUUCACGACUGUAUGCAGUUGCCAAGGCAACUAGGUGAAGUGGCAGCAUUUGGUGGAAGCAAUGUUGAACCUAGCGUGCGGAGUUGCUUUGAAAAGGCCAACAGUCGACAGGAAAUCAAUGUGAACCAGUUUUUAGACUGGUUGAGACAAGAGCCCCAAUCUCUCGUCUGGGUUCCCGUCAUGCAUCGAUUGGCAGCGGCUGAACACGCCCGACAUCAGGCAAAGUGCAAUAUAUGUAAAACAAUACCAAUCAUAGGUCUCAGGUACCGUUGUCUACGAUGUUUCAACUUCGACAUGUGCCAGAACUGUUUCUUCUCAGGGCGAAAAGCGAAACAUCACAAGCUCACACAUCCCAUACAAGAGUACUGCACAACUACCUCUUCAGGUGAAGAUAUUCGAGACUUCACAAAGGUCAUGAAAAACAAGCUGAGGUCGAAGCGAAGUUUCCGGAAACAUCCCCGGCUCGGUUAUCUCCCAGUGCAAACCGUCCUAGAAGGUGAUGCUUUAGAAAGCCCCGCCCCAUCCCCACAGCAUAGUAUAUCACAAGACAUGCACUCUCGUCUGGAACUAUAUGCAAACCGUCUAGCCGAGGUGGAACAACAACAGGCUACACAGACGCCUGACGUAGAUGAUGAGCAUCACCUUAUUGCCCAGUACUGCCAGAGCCUCAACGGUGACACUUCACAACAUGCUUUGAAGAGCCCAAUGCAGAUUAUGAUGGCGGUGGAUGUUCACCAGAAAUCAGAACUUGAGGCCAUGAUUCAUGACUUGGAAGAAGAAAAUAGGACUUUACAAGCCGAGUAUGAUCGAUUACGAACGCAACAAGAACACAAUAACAAUAAAAGCCAAAUCGAGGACCUUCCAGGAAUCGAUGGGGAGUUUCCGAGUCAUGACGCGGAAAUGCUUGCUGAAGCCAAACUGCUUCGACAACACAAGGGACGUCUUGAAGCACGGAUGAGAAUUUUGGAAGACCAUAAUCGACAGCUGGAGGGGCAACUACAGAGAUUGCGACAUCUGCUGGAUGUGUCAGGAGAGAAGAGUGUUUCCCUGUCCUCAUCAACCCACGGGUCACUGCCAACAACGCCCAGUUCAUCUCACUCAUCCCUCCCACAGGAAAACCGAGAACCAAUUCCUGGGACAAGAAUUUUUAAUCCUCAAUUGGAGUCAACCCCACAAAUCAACGGGCAUUCUGGAGGUAUCGAAGACACUAGUGGGCCAGUUUUGGGAUCAGACAAUAACCUACCACCCUACAAUCCCGACAGAGCCAGAGGAAGUAACAAUGUUGGGGAACUGUUUAACAGAGCUGGCCAAGUGUGGAAAGCAGUAGGAUCUUUAGUGACAGUGAUGACUGAUGACAAUGAAGAAGAUGAAGACACAAAACACUGACAUCAUCAGUGAUGUCAUCAUAUUCGGAGCACAUUUGUGAUGUAGUCAUUUUGAAAAUCCUGCUAUGAUGUCAUUGCUUCUAGGGAAUGAAUCUGUGAUGUUGCUUUUGAGAACCAUUAGAAAAUAACCUUAUUCAUCAUUUUUUUUGAAAAUCCUGUUGUAAGGUCAUCAAUUUCUGAGAACAUAAUUGUGAUGUCAUCACUUUUUCAUAACACUAAUGAUGUCAUCACUUCCUGUUAUCCUUUUGAGAAAACCCUGCUGUGAUGUCAUCACUUUGUGUUAACAUGACUUCGAUGUCAUCAUUUUGAGAGAACAUUGCUGUGAUGUCAUCUCUUUGCAUGAACAUGACUGUGAUGUCAUCAUUUUGAGAAAACCCUGCAGUGAUGUCAUCACUUUGUGAAAACACUGCUGUGAUGUACUCAUUUAGUGAAAGAAAACACCACAAAAACCAUUAUGAUGUUAUCAAUAUCAUUUACUUGUAUGCUUGUGUUUGAUUAGUGACAUCAUAGCUUGUGACGACAGCUCUUUCAAAGGAUGUAUUGAAGCUUGAGUCUAGGAUUUUGUUGAACAUAUAGUUAGUCUUUCUACUAACAUAAAAAAUCAAUGUGUUCAUUUAUAGACACAAACUCCUAAUAAGUGGUAGUACAGAUAUCAGUUUCUCAUGAUGGUAAAUAGUCAAUAUAUUUUAAAGUUGUACUAUUACAAUUUUACUAUUUAAAACAAUUUUUAUUUUUUGUCUUGUAAUGAGUAAAUUUUUGCAUUGAAUUCUGGAAACCAGUUAUUUAAGAUUGCUGACAAAAGAUCAGAUUGCAGUCAUUCAUAUUUACGUUCCAAAAUUGAUGUUUUAUGACUAAAGCGAUAAUAACGUUUAAGAAAAAAAAAAAAUCAGCAGUUUGGCAAGCAGUUGAGUUCUAUUCUAUUCUGAGUUAUCUUAUAUGACUAAAUUGAAGAAAUUGAUGUGAAAAUCAGCUGACAGUAUAUAUAAGAAAAACCGCAAUCCAUGAGAGUGCAGCUUUAAAAAAGAAAUUGACUGAUUUAUGUUGAUAGAGAAUGAGAAAGGGACUUUGUGCCUUAUACGAAAAUUAUGAAAGAAUGGUAGAAAAAAAGGUUGUACAUAGUGGGAAUAUGACAACUCAGUUUUAUUUAUUGGGAAACAUCAUCCUUCUUUGUCCGAAUGAGAAUGGGAGAGGUCUAGUUGUUUUGAUGACUGCCUCUCACCAAAAAGGUUGUAGGUUGGAUUCUCGUCUCAUGUCAAAGAGAACCAGUACUGGGAAUAGUUUCCAUAGUGAUUUAAAUCAACAUGAAACUUUCUUCACAAUUAAUCAUAAAGAGAUUAGUAUAAUCUAUGUCUGAGCAAAUAGGGAAGCCAAUGCUUGGAAAUUUGUUUUUAGGUGGAAAAUUGUAAAAAAAAGUUUAUUUUCCACACUUCCUUAUUUUUUUACAUGUUAAUGGUUUGAGUGGAGAAUGUAGAAGUUCAAAACAUAUCUAAGAAACGAUUGCAUAAAAAGUUGAAAACAACUGAUAAUUUUCAAUUUUGUGAUGAUUUCUUUGGACACUCAAAUGUCGAAAUUCUAAAAUUAUACCCUUUUUUCUUUGACAAAACCAUUUUUACUUUUGUAUUACAUGUAUACAUAUGAUAUUGAUAUGAGACCAUUUAACAAGAGUAGAUUGUUCUAUUCUUUUAUGCAUUGCAAUAACAUUUAUUUAAUAGCAUAUGUAAGAGAUUUUAGUUUGAUGUUCUGUGCUUAUCAGCACAGCCAGAUUGAGUUGUGAAAAAAACAUUAACAUAAAGGAUGUAAGGGCUAUUCCAGUAAAACAUAUGUCCCACCCCAGGAAGGCACUUUCAAAAUGGACCAUCCCCCUUCAGAAGUUUAUUUGAUGAGAAAAGAACCCCCUUUAGAAUAUUUUCUGAGCAAAUUCGGACCCCCUUGAGAAGUUUAUUUUUUUAUACGUCUAUAUGCAAAGAUUAUUUGCAAUUACUCUUUUGUAACUCUUUGAUCAGGUGAGCUAUAUAGGACCUUAUAGCUCACCCUAGUUUCUAAGCCAAUCAUCACCCAGAGAUUUUCAAAUCUUUGCUCGAAUAGGUUUCAUAUAAGAUCACAUCUGCACCCAAUAAGUUAAUUAUUAUAACUAGGUCAACAGACAUGGCGCGCGCCAAAUGAACUUCGAGCAGCCAAUGGGCACGCUGUAUACGUCUGGGACCGGUCAUAAAUCGUGUCUGACCGGUCGCCAAUUGCAAAAUCUUGGUCCGGGACCGGUGGCAUUUUCCGAAAAUCAGAGUCCCAUAAUGUAGUGUAUCCAUGUGGAGCUAGUACUGAAAAAAAGUAUGGCAUGCUGGCCCAAGUCUGACAGCUCCUUUAAUUGAUUGACUUGUUUUCAGUUCAGCUUUCAUAUUAUAAAUACAGAUUACCAACGGACGGUGGGAUACGAAUUGUUAUAUCGGACUCGAGACGUACUUUGCGGAAACACCAGAUCGCACGAGCGGCUUGCCGCGAUUGUGAUCGGGUGUUUCCUCCAAGUACGCCGAGAGUCCGAUACAACGAUUCGUAUCCCACCCUCCGUUGGUAAUCUGUUUAUUAUAUGCCUCUAUUCUGUGUCUAAGGGUUAAAUUCACACAGUAACAUAGAUUCUAACAUGAUACGUGACGUUGCCACUGUAAACAAAGAACAAAAACGAUUGUUGUUAAUUCCGCAAUGAAUAACAGUUGACGUUUUGACGUCAUUGUUUACUUAACGACGUCAAUGGUUGCUAUUCGACGAGAGCUACAGUGGAAUAUGGAAUCGGAUUCCACUCAGUGGAAUACAAGGUUCCGUAUUCCACUCUAGGAAUACAAAGGAAAAUACCCGAUAUCAGAGAGAGGCAUAUAAUAAAUGUUUAUAUUAGUAUUGAGCCUUUGCAAGUUAAUCUAGCAUCUAUGUACAAAGAUACAUUAAUACGGAUCUAUUCUAUAAAGAUUCACCACACCAGUUUAUUACCUUUGAUUCUCCAAUUGGGAACACCUAUAAUUGAACGAUCCCCAAAGUGCAACAUAAUGAAAUCAAAAUGCCAUUAUUUGGGGACUAUACUAUAGCCACCACUAUUCUAUGUUUACCAUUGAUUGGGGAUCGCUCAAGUACAAGCUACUCCUGCAGCUGUAAUAUAUCAUUUUCACAAUUCAAUAGCAGUAUUUACAGAACAUUUUUUUCAAAGUUCACAAAAAAAGAGAGUGAAUUCUCAUCAUUUAAUACAUGGGUGAAAGUGUUUGAAACUGAAAAGCCCGAAAUAGCCAUGGGAAACCGCAUGGAUGAAAAACAAAAUCUUGUAUUAAUGCAACAAAGUCCACAAGUACAAAAAAAAUCGGCAGCACUUCCCCAUAGGACAGAGCCAAUUUGAUUUAUAUAAUACUGUUGCAUGACUUUUAAAUAGGAGUUGGACAAGACAGAAAUAGAAAAGGCUUGGUCUAGUAUUUCUGACUCAUAAUUGGCUAGUGCCCGUGUUCAGAAAUACCACCUUUUCCCAGUUAGAUAGACAAUAAAACUCUGUUACCUGUUAUCCCAGUCUUCUGAUUAGAUCAUGCAAAUUCUGAUGUUCGCUUUAUUGUUUAAAUCCUAAGCAUAUAUGCCUCUACAAAUUCACUAGACAUAUAAUGAUAUACAUUAUUGACAGUCCGCAAGACACCAUUCUCCGUUUCUGGUUAAAAAAUUCUCUGUUAUUCAGUCAUUCUAUAGUUAUUUAUAGCAACUUCCGAAACUUUGAAAAAUCAUUAAAAAAUGACGGAAAAACUAAACAGAUUGUGUUGACAGAACUUUUCCUAUAUAGAUCUAUAUGUUUGAAAAAAGAUGUGGACAGAAGAUCGGAACUGACCGAGAAUGUACGAUUUACGAUAACGGCAAGAACGGUGGAUAACGGCAAGAAACUUUCACCCAUGUAAUUAUAUACAACCUAAAAAUAACUUGUGGUCGAAAUGUUAAGGGGACGAAACAUUCGGAUUUAUAACAUUUACGCAAUACGUACAAAUUAUGAUUUCUAAUAAAAUUCUAGACAACUGUUGUCAAUUUGGUAUACUUACCACGAAACGUAUCCACACAUGCGGCGCAACUAUUGGUUUCUAGCCAAUGUUGUAGGUUGGUCUUCGACCACGACUUUACAAAUUCUGGCGCCUCCGCCAUCUUGUUGUCAAGGGACGCAACUUCUUCUGAUUUCCGGUACCGCGGAACCGACUCGUAAUAUCGCGAAAAUUUGUAUCCAAACCAAUUCUGUACACGACGUUCGGUAAAAUAUGUUAUAUGGAUAAAAAAACACGGUAUUUCACCAUCGGGCAGUGAAUAUAAAUGAGCAGAUACGGUCAGAAGCAAAAAAGAAAAUGACGCCCCCCUAUAGAAGCGAAAUUGGACUUAUCACCACCCCCUACAGUAGCAAAUUAAGAAAAAGACCUACCCCCUACAGAAUUUCUUUAUUUUGCCGUCCUGGGGUGGGACAUAUGUUUAACUGGAAUAGCCCUAAGGCAAAAAUUGUAUGCAAUUGAAAAAUGUUCAACAUUAUUUUGUUUUAUAUUUUAUUUUAUUGAAUCUUUACUAGUUUGUAAACAUUUUUUAUUUCCUAAUUACCCACUUGUUGUAAAUAGAUGCAUACAGGACUACAAUGGAUAGCCAUUUAUUUAUUGAGGUGCUAUGGUAUAAAUGCAUGUUUUAAAAAAAUGAAUAAGUACCUUGAAGGGUGUCUUUAUAGAUAGACACAAUUUAUUAUAAUGUAUGUAAUAAAUUCAACAUGCCUUCAUAGAAUACUGGUUAAGUUAUAGUAGCUUCCCAAAUGUCAGUUUAAAAAUACUAUGAUAAUGGUAGACCCUCCUUUUAAGAUAAUUUAAAGCCAAUUAUAGGCUGUCUAUUUAUUAUGAUAAUAUUUUUAUAGAACUGAUUUUGGACUUUGAUAUUAGUUUAUUAGCUACUGGAAUUAGCUAGCUUUAUAAUAGCAUACAUAUAAUUUAUCAUUUACAUGUAUACAAUCUUGUAUGUAUGAAUAAAUAUAUAUACUUAUGUAGUUCUAUGGUAGUGUGCACAAGGUUUAUAUGUGGAAUUAUACAUGUAUAUUUCAUUUAAUGUGCACAAUGAAUCAGAAUGUAUAAUUAAGAGUCACAUUACUUUAAUGUAUAAUUAAUAGUCACACAUUUGUAUUAAAAAUGCUUUAUCUGAGACUUUAAUAGAUUUUGUUUCAUUUGUAAUUGUCAUUAGUGUUCUCUGAAGACCUUCAAGAUUAACAAUGAUAAGCUGAUUUUAGGCAUCCAAGAUUAUUGGGUAUUUGACCAUAAGUGCAUAAAGUAAUGGGUAUUUUAACAUAAAUGCAGAAAAGAAUAUAUAUAUAGAUGUAUAUAUAAAAGUAAUAUGCCUAUUUUAGGCACCUUAGAUUAUUGGGCAUUUUACUAUAAAUGCAAAAAGUUAUUAGAUAUUUUACCAUGAACACAUAAAGUUAUUACGUUUUUUAACAUAGAUGCAGAAAAGAAUAUAUAUAUAUAUUAUAAUACGCUGAUUUUAGGCACCUUAGAUUAUUGGGCAUUUUACUAUAAAUGCAAGAAGUUAUUAGGUAUUUUACCAUGAAUACAUAAAGUUAUUAGGUUUUUACCAUGAAUGUAUAGAGUUAUAAGGUAUUUUACCAUGAAAGGAUUACAUUAUUGGAUAUCUGGGUAAUACCUUAGAUACAUUUUCGUUUUACGUUUUAAAAAUGGAUAAGGUUAUUUGGUAUGUUAUCCUUCUCCUAAUAUUUCCCCACUUUAUACAUGUAAGCGAGCUGAUAGGAUAUACUUGUUUUAGAAAAAUUGGUUGUGUGUUCAAAUUGUGAUGAUCAUUUGAUUGAAUAAACAUAAAUUAUUCAUGCAAAUAAAUUUAAUAACAAAUAA